AUGGCUGGUAAAGGAGUUGUACGUAGUAUAAAAAACAUUGCAAAAGGCUUUAGUGACGUACAAAUCAAAGUACGAGAAGCAACUUCAAACGAUCCUUGGGGACCAAGUGGUACUCUUAUGAAUGAAAUAGCACAGCUCACAUAUAACGAAACGGACUUUAUUGAAAUAAUGGAUAUGAUCGACAGAAGACUAAACGAUAAAGGCAAGAAUUGGCGUCAUGUUUUCAAGGCUUUACUCUUGUUGGAUUACUGUUUGCACGUGGGAUCUGAAAAUGUCGUUCUGUACGCCAAAGAAAACAUCUAUGUUGUCAAGACACUCAAGGAAUUUCAGCACAUUGAAGAAAAUGGCAAAGAUGUUGGUGCUAAUGUUCGUCAAAAGGCCAAAGAUAUUACCAAUUUAUUAACAGACGAUAAUCGACUUCGAGAAGAAAGACGCUCAAGACAAGGCAUGCGAGACAGAAUGGCAAGUGUAGGUGAUUACCUGAACGAAACUGUGCGCUACUACAAUGGCCUAAAUGGAGGCACUGGUGAAGGUCAACCAUGGGACGAUGAAAAUGAAUUGAAGAAAGCAUUGGCUGAAAGUAAACGAGUCGCUGAUGAAGAAGAAAGAAACAGACGUCAAGGUGAUGAUGAUCUUGAAAAAGCCAUUCAAUUGAGUCAACAAGAAGCCAUGGAAAAAGAAAAGAAAGAAAGAGAAAAGCUUGAAAAAGACAACAUAGACAAUUUGUUUGGUCUCUCCAACAAUACUUUUCAAUCUUUUUCUCAGCAAAACUUGAAUCCUGGCAUGAACAACCCAUAUCAGCAACAACAACAACAAGCUCCUCUUCAGCUCGAAUGGUCUCAACCCAGUAUGAGCAAUCCAUUCCAAGCACAGCAAAACCCCUAUGGUUCUACUGGCCUUCAGGCUCAAAUGACUGGUUUUGUUCCUCAACAACAAUCUACACCAGACUUUUUCUCUCAACCUCAACAAGGUCUUCAAGCCCAAAUGACUGGUUUUGUCCCUCAGCAACCAAUGUAUCAAACAAGCAUGGCCACUGGUACUAACCCAUUCUCCCAAAUGAAUACACAACAACCCCUUCAACCACAACAAACUAAAUCCCAUGACUACACUAACUUGGUAUUUGGUAACCAGCCAGCACAACCAGCACAACAACAGCAACAAGAUGCGCCUUCUACUGGAUUUGCUUCAAACGCACCCGACUUCUUUGGUGACAACAGUUUUAGUACUACAAAUGCUACACCUGCAUUGCCUGCUUUUGCUUCUAAUGCACCUAACUUUUUUGGUACUUCCAAUACUACAGCACCUACUGCCAAUGCCAAUAAUGGUUUUACAUCUUCCCCUGCCUUUGCUAACACGAGUCCAUUUGGAUCACCAUCUAAAGAACAAGAUGUAAAAUAUGCUAAAUUAAAUGCUUUAUUGGCCAACAAGGAUGAUGGUAUGGACACUUUUGGCAAUCAAGGCAAUUUGCGCAUUCCCCAUGGUACUGGGUUUGCCAAUAGUUUCAAGCCUUUCAACUCAGUGGAACAAUCGCCUGCGAAUGGUUCUCCCUUUAUGACAAGUAAGAAUCCUUUUGGUAGUCAAGUAGGAACUGCUUCACCUCAGCCUCAAAAAAGCUUGUUAGACUUGAUGCAAGAACAAAAGCAACAACAACAACAACAACAACAACAACAACAGUUUCCUAUGAUGACAGGCUUUAACAACACGAAUAAUUCUUUCUUUUAA